AAAAGAAGAAUAUAAACGAACCUCAUUCCAAUGUUUAAAGCAAACAAAGCAUUCACUUUGAUAGAGAGAAGCACAAAGACUCCAACUUUGGCACUUCCUCGUGCAUAGUUUUUUGCUUUGGCUGCUACUAGUGUACAAAAAAACACCAACUAACAGGGUUUCUUCGUCAACGUUCAAAUGGAGACUGUGGCCGUUAAAACAUCGAGUCACUCUUCGAAUCUAUCAGAAAUCAUGUCCAAAUUCGCUAAAGUCUGCAAAUUUAGAUCUAUUGGUGUGUUCCCUGACCACAAGUCGAUUUCGAACGAUCUUUGUGAAGUAGAAAUCUUGGUGGAUGAUGAUAAAGCCAAGGCCAAGGAAACUGAGAUUUGUGAUAUUAGUCACAAACCCUCGAGAAAGAUUCAAACUUUUAGUUGGGAUGAUGAUGAGAUUUCGAAGCUGUUCGACAUUGUUUCAGCGCUUAAGCUAGCUUAUAUUGAGUUUCAACAAGCUCAUUUGCCUUAUGAUCCAGACAAGGUCAUUGAAGCAGAUAACCUCGUCGUGUCUCAGCUCGAGGCUUUACGCAGAAUCAAGCGUCUCUACCUCAAAACGAAACAGCUCGAAGCAAAGAAGACCGAGCUUGCUGCUUCUUGUUUGGAUCGCUUGAGAGAUGAAAUCGAAGUGAAUGAGAAGCAUUUGGAGAAACUUAAGGCGCAAGUGAAAACAAAGGAGAGUGAGAUUCAUUCUUUGAAAGAGAAGCUAGAAUGUUUGGUUGCAGAGAAUAGGAAACUCCAGGAUAGGUUUGUGAGUGUUUCUUCGUUUGAAUUAGCAUUUAGAGCUGCUUCUAAGUCAGUUCACGACUUUGCGAAGCCAGUGAUCACUCUGAUGAAAGCUACAGAUUGGAAUUUGGACAAAGCAGUGGAGUCUAUUGUUGGAAAUGUAACAUUUGCUAAAACGUCAGAUAAGAAGUAUGCUUUUGAGUCAUACAUUGUUCAGAGAAUGUUUCACGGCAUAAAGCUUAACCCUUGUGAUGUGACAGAACUAAUGAGUUUUGAUGAUCCAUUGGAUGUUUUAACAGCAGUUCCAGAUUCCGCGUUUUCAAGAUUCUGCGGCCAGAAGUAUCUUUUAGUUGUUCAUCCGUCGAUGGAGGCUUCGUUCUUCGGGAAUUUGGAUAUGAGGGGAUUAGUUUUGCUCGGUAAGCAUCCAAGAACGAUGUUUUAUCAAAUCUUUGCAAAAAUGGCAAAGUGGGUAUGGAUCCUUGGAUCACUUGCAGCUUCCUUGGAUCUAAAAGCAAAGAUCUUUGUGGUCAGAAGAGGAACUGGAUUCUCAGGUGCAUACAUGGAAUCUGUAGUGGGUGAUGAAAAAGAAGAAGGACAAGGCGAUUUGAGCGUCGAGUUCAUCACAAUGCCGGGGUUUAAAAUUGGAGAGUCAGUGUUUAAGUCUCAGGUUUAUCUUUCUAAGACAAGAGGGUAAAAAGAACCUCUCUGCAGAUUCGAUUAUUUUGAUAGUUUCAGGUAAAGAGCUCUCUGCUUUUUUGAAAAUUUUGUAGGUAAGUUAAAUAGUUUUUUCCCCAAGGAUCAUUUGUUUUGUAUUGUUGUUCACAUUCAAGUUUUGGUCCAUAGUUAAUAAAUCCAGAUUCAUCAAAGCUAAAA